AGCAACAAUAGCUGUAUAUCACGCUGCACAAGCCAAUCUCCUUGGCCUUCGUGGCUUUUGCCGGGUAAACGAAAAAAACAUUGUCGGAAAAAUGACAUCUCGAAUUAUUUAAUUUAUCUAUCCAUUAGAUAGUAGUUUUGAUAUCACCCGGAACUCUUUUCUCCGAGCAUAGGAACAAAAGAAAUAGAAGAAAAAAGCGUGGGUGUCACGAGCGUUAUGUGCUGAUAUCGCUCAUAAAACUGUAGGAUGCUGUGAAUGGUUACCGAGCCGAAAAAACGGAAUUUCAGGGCAACAAUCCCGUGGCAAAGUAAUUCAACGAUCAAAAAUGUACAAGAAAAUCAUAUUAUUAUUGUUAGUACUGUCAGUGACGCUUGCAGAAGAUUACUAUGAUAUUCUGAGCUUAAAACGUGAUGCAACGCAGAAGGAAAUUCGUCAGCAAUUUAAAAAACUUGCUGUAUCCCAUCACCCAGAUAAAAAUAAGGAAGACCCAGAUGCUCAUGAAAAAUUCAUAAAAUAUACAACGGCUUAUGAAGUUCUUAAAGAUCCUGAUUUGAGGAAAAAGUAUGAUCUUUAUGGAGAAGAAGGUUUGAAUGGUGCCAACAAACAACAGAAUUAUCAUUCAUGGAAUUAUUACCGCGAUGACUUUGGUAUUUAUGAUGACGAUCCACAAGUGGUUACUCUGAGCAAACACGAUUAUGAUGACAGUGUCGUGAAUUCUGAAAAAAUAUGGUUUAUCAAUUUCUAUUCGCCAAUGUGCAGUCAUUGUCAUCACUUGGCACCAGUGUGGCGAAAAAUAGCCAAAGAUCUCGAGGGUGUGAUAAGAAUCGGUGCAGUUAAUUGCGAAGACGAUUGGCAGCUCUGUCAUCAAUUGGGGAUACAGUCCUAUCCCACGUUGCUAUUCUAUCCAAAGAAUUCAAAACAUGGCAUCAGAUACGUAGGCGCAAAAACUUUUGAUGACAUAAAUCGAUUUGUGCUCGAUCGUAUCGAUGUGAAUAUCAACGGAAUCACAAAAUCAGAAUGGAUGAGAAUCUUGAAAGGAAUGAAUCUCGAACGUCCCACUCUUAUUUUUACUUGUGGCCCUGGACGCGACUGUCCAAUUUCCGAUGAUCGGCUAAGAAUCUCAGCGAUAUUUGAAAAUGUUAUCAACGUGGUAUUCUACAACUGCGAAGAUGAAUUAUGCGAUAAUUUAAUAGCCAGCAAUACUGGAUCUGUUUACGUGCCCAUGAAAAAUGACGAUUUUUGGAAACCCAUUGAAUUCGACGAUACUACCGAGGUCGAAUCAAUGGUACAACAAAUUUUGGAACAAUUGCCCGAACCGCGAGAUAUUAGUGCUGAUGAAUUUGAGAUGAUACGAAAACGUCUCGAGUCGGAUAACGAUGAUGGCUGGCUUUUGUGUUUUUACAUUGGUCACGCGACUGAAUUGGAUCUUCAAUUGAAAAGAUUACCGAAUAUAAUUCGUGAUAUAAAUCUGGGCAAGGUCAAUUGUGGUAAAUACCCAAAACUGUGUACCGACUUGAAUGUAAAUCGUUAUCCAAUGUGGGGUGUUUUCAAACCCGGUGGAGCAUUCGAGCUCAGUCAUGGCAAAGACACAAUAAACGACAUUGCUAAGUUUGCCGAAAAUAGCGUAAAAGCUCACAAUGUUUGGGCUUUAUCAGCCGAAAAGAUUCUUUCGAUUUUGAAACGACAAAAUGGAAACGAAGCGUGGUUCGUCGAUUGGUACGCUCCUUGGUGUCCUCCUUGCAUCCAAUUCUUGCCAGAAGUUCGUAAAGCAUCCCUCGAGUUUAAAAAAUCUGUGGUACACUUUGGGACGGUCGAUUGUACCGUUCAUUCAGGAAUUUGUCGUCAAUACAAUAUUCGCUCGUAUCCAACAGCGAUGCUUAUAAACGGGAGCACAACGCUUCAAUUUACUACUCAAAAAACAGCAGCUAAUGUUGUGCGAUUUAUCAAAGAGGCUAUUAAUCCUACAGUUAUCCAUUUGACUUCCAACGAUUUCGACCGUAAACUUGGAAAGAAAAAAUCAAAAGUUUUGUGGGCUGUGGAUUAUUUUGCGCCGUGGUGCGGUCCUUGUCAACAGUUGGCUCCGGAGUGGUCCGCAGUCGCAAAACUCUUUAAACUCUUACCGAAUGUCAAAAUUGCCAGUGUUGACUGCGAGGCACAAUCUUCGUUGUGUUCUUCGCAAGGAAUUCGAAGUUACCCGACGAUUAGAUUGUAUCCAUUCGGGAGUGAAGGCCUCUCCCAAGUGGCUAUGUACAAUGGGCCCAGGGAUCAUAUAUCAUUGUCAAAAUGGAUAGCACAGUUUUUGCCAGUCGGGGUUAGGGAUUUUGAUCAAUACUCUUUGAAGAGAGACGUCCUCGAGAGCAAUGAUAUUUGGCUCGUCGAUUAUUAUGCUCCAUGGUGUGGUCACUGUCAAACUCUCGAACCUCAAUUCGCAAUUGCUGCACAGCUCUUGGAUGGUAAGGUUCGACUGGGUCGUGUAAAUUGCGACCUCUACAGAGAACAAUGUUCUCAUGCUGGGGUGCGAGCUUAUCCGACCUUGAUAAUGUAUACGGAGAAGAAGCGUUCUCGAACAAUUCACGGAAACCAUAUAAUAUCUUCAACGCGAGCAGAGAAAAUUGAACAGGAAGUUUUAGACCGUCUCAAAGUAACUUCCCGUAAAAAACACGACGAGCUUUAACCCCGCGAACUUUAGGUGCCUUGAAGUAUAAUUCAAAUAGUGAUAUUAUUCUGAUUUUUUUGUAAAUACGACUGACGAUUCCGGUGAAUCGUUUAUAGAAAGUUUUUCUACUCUUGCAAUACAGUUUUGUCAUAUUUAACUGUAUGAAAAAAUCGCUUUUUCUUUUGAUUAACGAUCAUUGAAAAAAAUCACUCUCGACUGUUUGGAAAGAUCGAAUGUACUCAGUCUUCCUGUCUAAUUAAAAACAACCAAUUCUGCUCUGAAAA